CGACGUACUUCCGUCUUCGAAGACUCCACUUCCGCCCUGCAGUCUCGCGACUACGCGUAGCCGCUCUUGACAACUUUAGUGUGAGCAAACGGAAAGGCGUCAUUUUUGUAUUGUCGCCAAGAGAGGAGCAGCAGCUACGUAGUUUAUCCGACAUGGCGAGCUUGUGACGCCAUACUGCUGUUUGUUACAAAGAAACAAUGUCCUUAACCAAAGCUAGCAGCCAAACGCAGUUUCUACAGUCUCUAUUAUUUGGGAGCGUCACUUGACCAUUAGAAUCAUGGCCAAUCUGAAAGGUGAAGCCAAGAAGGAGGUCAAAAUGAGGAUACGAGCGUUCCCUAUGACAAUGGAUGAGAAGUAUGUGGAAAACAUAUGGGCCCUGCUAAAGAAUGCCAUCCAGGAGAUCCAGCGGAAGAACAACAGCGGGCUGAGCUUUGAGGAGCUGUACAGAAACGCCUACACCAUGGUGCUCCACAAGCACGGGGAGAAGCUCUACGCGGGCCUGAAGGAGGUUGUCACUGAACACCUCGUCAACAAAGUACGGCAUGAUGUCCUCAAGUCUCUAAAUAACACAUUUCUGCAAAUCCUCAAUCAAGAGUGGAAUGAUCAUCAGACAGCCACAAUCAUGAUUCGAGACAUUCUGAUGUACAUGGACCGAGUUUACGUCCAGCAAAGCAACGUGGAGAAUGUGUACAACCUCAGCCUCGUUGUAUUCAGAGAGCAGGUGGUUCACUACAGCUCCAUUCGAGACCACUUGUGGCAGACUCUCUUGGACAUGAUUAAACGCGAGAGGAGGGGAGAGGUUGUAGACAGGGGCUCCAUCAGAAACACCUGCCAGAUGCUGAUGGUUCUCGGCUUGGACAGCAGGUCUGUAUAUGAAGAAGACUUUGAGCGCCCCUUCUUAGAAAUGUCAGCCGGGUUCUACCAGAUGGAAAGCCAGCGGUUCCUCGCAGAAAACAGCACCAGCAUCUACAUCAAGAAGGUGGAGGCCAGAAUCAAUGAGGAGAUCGAGCGUGUAAUGCACUGCUUGGACAAGUCCACAGAGGACUCCAUUGUUAAAGUAGUGGAAAGAGAGCUUAUAACAAAACACAUGAAAACUAUAGUAGAGAUGGAGAACUCCGGGAUGGUCCACAUGCUGAAGAAUGGCAUAACAGAAGACCUGGCGUGCAUGUACAAGCUGUUCAGUCGAGUGGCAAAUGGCCUAAAAACUAUGUGCGAUUGUAUGAGUGUGUACUUAAGAGAGCAGGGGAAAGCUCUUGUGUCAGAAGAAGGAGAGGGCAAAAACCCAGUCGACUAUAUCCAGGGUCUGCUUGACCUGAAGACGGUAUUUGACCAUUUCCUCCACGAGUCCUUCAUCAACGACAAACAAUUUAAACAAACCAUCGCUGGAGACUUUGAGUAUUUCCUCAACCUCAACUCGCGCUCCCCGGAGUACCUAUCGCUCUUCAUUGACGACAAGCUCAAGAAGGGCGUUCGAGGGUUGACAGAACAGGAGGUGGAGGCAAUUCUGGACAAGACGAUGGUGUUGUUCAGGUUUUUGCAAGAGAAGGACGUGUUUGAAAGGUACUACAAGCAGCAUCUGGGCCGCAGACUGCUCAGCAACAAGAGCGUCUCGGACGAUUUAGAGAAGAGCAUGAUCUGCAAGCUCAAAACCGAAUGUGGCUGUCAGUUUACAUCAAAACUGGAGGGAAUGUUUCGAGAUAUGACCAUCUCCAACACAACAAUGGAUGAGUUCCGGCGACACAUCCAGUCCACGCCGGCCUCUCUAUGUGGCGUAGACCUGACUGUCCGAGUCCUCACGACUGGUUACUGGCCCACACAGUCCGCGACGCCCAGAUGCACCAUUCCUUCUUCCCCCCAACACGCCUUUGAAGUCUUUAGAAGGUUUUACCUCGCCAAACACACCGGUCGACAGCUCACGCUGCAGCAUCACAUGGGCGGCGCCGACCUAAUUGCAACGUUCUACGGUGCCUUGAAAAAGGAGGAUGGUUCCGAAGCAGGCGUGGGAGCGACACAAGUGGCGAGCUCCAACUCCCGUAAGACCAUCCUGCAGGUCUCCACCUUCCAGAUGACCAUCCUUAUGCUCUUCAACCACAGGGAAAGCUACACUUACGAGGAGAUGCACCACGAGACAGAUAUUCCCAAAUGGGAGUUACUGCGUGCUUUGCAGUCUUUGGCCUGUGGGAAACCAACACAGAGAGUCCUCUCCAAAGAGCCCAAGUCUAAGGAGAUCGAAAACGGACACAUGUUCACAGUGAAUGACCAGUUUACUGCCAAAGUGCACAGAGUCAAAAUACAGACAGUCGCUGCUAAACAAGGAGAGUCUGACCCCGAGAGGAAAGAGACGAGGCAGAAAGUGGAUGACGACAGGAAGGUCAUGAUCGACGCAGCCAUUGUGCGCAUCAUGAAGUCCAGGAGGAAGAUACAGCACAACAUCUUAGUGGCCGAGGUGACUCAGCAGCUGCAGGCACACUUCCUCCCCAGCCCCGUGGUGGUCAAAAAGCGCAUAGAGGUACUUAUAGAUAGAGAAUACUUGGCAAGGACACCAGAAGACCGUAAUCUGUACACCUAUGUGGCAUAGAGGAGACUCAAAGGAGAUUUGGAAUGACUUGACAAUACAUUGAUUCUUGCAAGUGCUACACAAAUUAAAUGGGAGGAAAAGCUGUACAAAAAGUAAUCUUACUGUCUCUUUUUAUGAUCAAGUUAUCAACCUCUAGGAAAAAAUUUAAAUUUUGCACUUUAUUUUUGUUGUUUCAAUAUUGUACAAAAAUCAUGUAUUUUAAAAAGAAUAUU